AUGUCAAUAGAGAAAGGCCCCAAAAGGAGAAAGCUUUCCAGUGGGAGUUAUGAAGCGGUCUCUACAGACACUGAGCAACCACCCCAGCAAGGAGACGACCAUUCCAAGGAUCCCAGACGAUCGCUUUUCGUUCGUUCCCUGCCCGCCUCUGUCACGGCCGAACGAUUGACGGAAUACUUUUCGGAAUCCUUCCCCAUCAAGCAUGCCACUGUUGUUCUUGACCCUCAGACCAAGGUUUCCAAAGGGUUCGGCUUCGUGACAUUUGUCGAUGCAGAAGAUGCACAUGCCGCUCUGGAGCAGUUCAACAACUCGGUGCUGGACGGGCGAAAAAUCAAGGUCGAGGUCGCCGAAUCACGACACAGAGACGCAGAAGACGGACGCAAGAGCGGGACAAACACUACCGCCCAAAAACUACGUGAUCAAAGAGAAAAGAACCGGGCCGAGAUACAGCCACCAAGGCUAAUUGUCAGGAAUCUUCCUUGGAGCAUCAAAACCCCAGACGAACUAGCCUAUCUCUUUCGCAGCUAUGGAAAGGUCAAGCAUGCCAUUGUGCCGAAGAAAGGGCCCAAGGUGCAAUACGGAUUCGGAAUUGUCGUGCUCCGGGGCAAGAAAAAUGCGGAGAAGGCAAUUGCUGGUGUCAAUGGGAAGGUUGUAGAUGGGCGCACCCUCGCGGUCGACUGGGCAGUCGAUAAGCAGACGUGGGAAGAGCAGCAACAUGCCGCUGACGACGCCGCCCCUGCGGCAGAGGACAAACAGGCGGAUGCAUCCACGGGAGGAAACGCUUCAGCGGCCGGUGUCGCCCUGCAAAAGACCGAUCACAUCGAAGACGAUACCAGUUCAAGCGAGCUUUCCGACGAAGAUGAUGUCAACGACCUCGACGCUCUAGAUGAUCUAGAUGAUCUGUCUGAAGGAGAGUCAGACCUGGACCAAUCCGCACAAGGCAACCAACCCCCGGAUACGAGGAAUGAUACCACGGUAUUCAUCAGAAACCUGCCAUUCACGGUAGACGACGACAUAGUGAAGGAACACUUCGCCCAAUUCGGACCUGUGCGUUAUGCCCGAGUUGUCUACGACCCGGAAACAGAGCGGUCGAGAGGCACCGCCUUCGUAUGCUUCUUCAACCAGGAAGACGCCAAGAACUGCGUCAAGAAUGCACCCAAGCACGAGUCCCCGUCAGAGAAUGCCGAUGGCAACAAGAAAAGAAAAGGCGAAACCCUGAAGCACUCGAUCCUGCAGAACGAAGCUGCGGAUGCGUCCGGCCAAUACACCUUGGAAGGCCGUGUUCUGCAGGUCUCGAAAGCUCUCAGCAGGGACGAUGCAAACCAAAGGGCGAGUGAGGCAAGCGAGAAGAGAGACAUCCGCGACCGAGACAAGCGGCGGCUGUAUCUGCUUUCAGAGGGGUCGAUCUCCAAGUCCUCCAAACUGUACGAGCAGCUUGGUAAGGCGGAGAUCGACAUCCGAGAGACCAGCGCUCGGCAACGGCAGCGGCUGAUCAAGAACAAUCCCAAUCUAUGUCUCAGUCUGACCCGUCUGAGCAUCAGAAACAUCCCCCGCGGCAUCGGCAACAAGGAACUCAAAGCUCUUGCGCGAGAGGCCGUAGUCGGAUUUACCAAGGACGUCAAACAAGGCCUCCGGCAGCCUCUGAGCAAGGAAGAGUUGAAGCGGGCCGAGGAGGAGAUGCGACAGGCUGAACGGAGACGCAGGUUCUCGGGGAAGGGUAUAGUAAAACAGGCCAAAGUGGUUUUCGAAAACAAGGAGGGCAGCAAAGUGAAGGACGAGGCAGGCCGAAGCCGGGGCUAUGGGUUCAUUGAGUAUGUCACUCAUCGAAACGCUCUUGCGGGUUUGCGCUGGCUCAAUGGCCAUUAUGUCAAAGCGCCCAAGGCCGAAGGCGGCGAGCGAGGAAAGCGACUGAUUGUCGAAUUCGCCAUUGAAAACACACAGGUAGUUCAACGGAGGAGCGAGAGAGAGCAUAAAGUCAAAGAGAAGAAACCCGGGGACAGUAAGGCUGAUGAAGGUGAAAAGCCUGCCAAGGACAAGAAGCGCAAGCGAAACGACAAGGGUGGCGAGGAAACAGCUCCGGACACAUCGACUGCCCUGGACAGCGAGGAGAAGAACCGGGCUGCGAAACGGAACCGGAUCAUUGCGAAGAAACGUCAAGCCAGAAAGUCGCGCAAAGGUUGA